CAGCGCAGAGCGGGCGAGGCCGGGCAGGUCAUGGGGCGCUGGGCGUCGCUGCCCGGCUGGGUCUCUGCGACGCUGUUGCUGGCGUUGGCCGCUCUGCCUGCAGCCCUGGCCGCCAACAGCAGUGGCCGAUGGUGGGGAAUAGUCAACGUAGCCUCCUCCACGAACUUGCUGACGGACUCCAAGAGCCUGCAGCUGGUGCUGGAGCCUAGUCUGCAGCUGCUGAGCCGCAAACAGCGGCGACUGAUCCGCCAGAACCCGGGGAUCCUGCACAGCGUGAGCGGGGGGCUGCAGAGCGCCGUGCGUGAGUGCAAGUGGCAGUUCCGGAAUCGGCGCUGGAACUGCCCCACGGCCUCAGGGCCCCACCUCUUCGGCAAGAUCGUCAACCGAGGCUGCCGGGAAACAGCAUUUAUCUUCGCCAUCACUUCUGCUGGGGUCACUCAUUCUGUCGCACGAUCCUGUUCUGAGGGUUCCAUUGAGUCCUGCACCUGCGACUACAGGCGGCGGGGCCCUGGGGGCCCCGACUGGCACUGGGGGGGCUGCAGCGACAACAUUGACUUCGGUCGCCUCUUUGGUCGGGAGUUUGUGGACUCCGGAGAGAAGGGCCGAGACCUGCGCUUCCUCAUGAACCUUCACAACAACGAGGCUGGACGCACGACCGUCUUCUCCGAGAUGCGCCAGGAGUGCAAGUGCCACGGGAUGUCCGGCUCCUGCACGGUGCGCACCUGCUGGAUGCGGCUGCCCACCCUGCGCGCCGUGGGCGACGUGCUGCGAGACCGCUUCGACGGCGCCUCCCGCGUGCUCUACGGCAACCGCGGCAGCAACCGCGCCUCGCGGGCAGAACUCCUGCGCCUGGAGCCCGAGGACCCCGCGCACAAGCCGCCCUCCCCGCACGACCUCGUCUAUUUCGAGAAAUCGCCCAACUUCUGCACGUACAGCGGACGCCUGGGCACCACCGGCACGGCGGGGCGCGCCUGCAACAGCUCGUCCCCCGCGCUGGACGGCUGCGAGCUGCUGUGCUGCGGCCGCGGCCACCGCACGCGCACGCAGCGCGUCACCGAGCGCUGCAACUGCACCUUCCACUGGUGCUGCCACGUCAGCUGCCGCAACUGCACGCACACGCGCGUCCUGCACGAGUGCCUGUGAGCCGGGCCGCGGGCUCGCCCCAGGGA